UAUAGUAAUAUACCAAGGGGAGACAACUACUGUCAACACUUGAUAUAUAGAAGUAUACCAAGGGGAAACAACCACUGUCAACACCUGAUAUAUAGUUGUAUACCAAGGGGAAACAACAACUGUCAACACCUGAUAUAUAGAAGUAUACCAAGGGGCGACAACCACUGUCAACACCUGAUAUAUAGUAUUAUACAAAGGACAGUCAAGAACUCUCAACACCUGAUACAUAGUUUUACACAAAGGGGAGACAAUUACUCUCAACACUUGAUAUAUAGUUUUACACAAGGGGAGACAACUACUAUCAAAACCUGAUAUAUAGAAUCGCACAAAGGGGAGACAACUACUCUCAACAUCUCAUAUAUAGUAUUAUAAAAAGGGGAGACAACUACUCUCAACACCAGAUAUAUAGUUUUACACAAAGGGGAGACAAUUACUCUCAACACCCGAUACAUAGUUUUACACAAAAGGGAGACAACUACUCUCAACAUCUCAUAUAUAAUAUUAUAAAAAGGGGAGACAACUACUCUCAACACCAGAUAUAUAGCAUUAUACAAAGGGGAGAUAACCACUAUCAACACCUGAUAUAAAGUAUGGUGUAUUAUGCAAAGGGGAGACAACCAGUAUCUUUUACAAUUUGAAAAUUAUCCAAUAAUGUUGAUAAUCACCCAUCAUGAGUUUGGGGAUCUUUUUCUCCCACAAAGUUCAGAUAUUAUAACUAUAUGUUUCUCUGUGGAAUACAUUAUUCCUGUGUUUCUCUGUGGAAUACAUUAUUCCUGUGUUUCUCUGUGGAAUACAUUAUUCCUGUUUUCAAACAGGGAAACAAUUGCCAUGAACUAUGACGUCACAACGGAAGAUGACACCCCAAAGCAAUAUUACUUGACCUCAUAGUUAGAAGAUUGACCAAUGAAAUAGCACACAGGGUGUUACCACCUAGUGGGUAAUCAAACAGGUUUACCAACUACUAGCAGGUUUAUCUAAUGAGUUAGGAGUGAUGAAACCUAUAGUGGUUGUCGGAGAAACUGUAUUAUUGUACCAAAUGAGAUAUACACAAAGACAGCUAGACAACUAAAUGUUUUAAUCACAAUCACUGGCUACAGUAAGACCACUCCCCUUAAAUGAUUGAUCUUGUCUCAUUUGCAUAUUAUCUAUGAAGUAGACAUAAAACUCUAUAAUAUUUAGAAAAGAAAGUGGUAAAAAUAGACAUUUUUUUUAAUUACAGACACGAAAUAACCAACAGCUGAAAUGAACAAAUGAUUAAAUAUGAGAAUUUGAAUUUUAAAUCUGAUCUUGUACAUGCAGGCUCAUUCUAGGUUAUAUUCAACAAUCCAAUAUAUGUAGCACACCUUUAACUAUCACUGAAUUAAAUCUUUGUAACAGUAGCGUAUCAAAAUCUCACUCAGAUUCUUCUUUAUUUAGCAACACUUAUCAUCCAUCAUUAAAAAGUACCUGAUAAAGAUUUAUGGCAUUAAAAAAUUGUCAUGUUCAUAUCAUGAUCUGUUCUGAUUACAUCAGAAUAAUAACAUGUGAUUCAGUAAUUUACAUCAGUGAUUCAGUAAUUACACAUCUGACACAGGCCAAUCCAUUAAGUCUAGCUGUAAGGCUUUCACCAACACAUGUCAGAACACACUUAUUGAUCGUAUACCUGUAGGCCAUCAAACAUCUUGCUAAUUAAUAAACACUGGCAAAAAUCAUACAGAUCAUUUGGAAAAAAAACAUCAAACAUACACAAAAUCUGAGGAGUUAUAAUCAAAAUUCCAAGCUGUCUGGAAAAAAAUCAAUAACAAAUGCACAAAGAUGAAGUACAAUUGGAAUACUUACACUUCAUUGUAGAGUUAUUGGCCCUGAAAGCCUACAGUUAAUGGCAUCAACAGUAUCAUAAAUGUCAACAGAGUAUCCAAAUGAUAAUGGAAUUAAAAUGGAAUCACAACGUGUGACCGUCAAUCCUGGAAUCUUAGUGGACCAGUUACAACCAGAGGAGGAGUGACACCGGUUGUUAUAAAGGAUAACUUCCGGAUAAACAUUGAUGGUUCCGACGACAUCACUUGAGUGUGUUCCCUCAUAAAACUCAUGUAGCGGUUAUACGGGGCUGUCCUCAGUCCUGUGAAUCAGGACACUGAACAGGAGGCAGACAUGGGGUGUACGCUGAAUAAGAAGGUGCUAGGUAGUUUUUGUACUGGCUGGAUCCUGUGUAUCCUAGGGGCAGUGAUGAUACCCGCCGUGAAUUGGAUUAUUAAACAGAAAGUAGAACAGAGUGUUGUCCUGGUGGAGGGUGGCGCCACCUAUGACAUAUGGAAGGACACACCCAUUCCCAUAUACAUGCAGUUCUAUAUGUUUGAUGUCAGAAACCCAGAAGAGGUACUGCAGGGCAAAAAACCUUUUGUUGUACAGAAGGGACCGUACACUUACAGGGAGGUGAGGACGAAGUUUAACAUCAUCCAUAAUGACAACGGGACAGUGAGCUACAGACAGAACCGUACCUUCCACUUUGUCCCCAGCAUGUCGGUCGGUAAUGAAAACGAGACCUUCACCACACCCAAUCCUGUCUACUGGUCACUGAUAUCUUCCCUAAAGUGGAUGUAUCCUGGAAUGCGUGACAUUAUUCGAUUAGUCACCUCAUUUGAGAAGGAGAGUGUAUUCAUGGAACGCAGCAUGUAUGACAUAAUCUGGGGUUACCAGGACAAAAUGCUGACUGCUGCCCAAGUGUUAGACAACAAAUGGUUCUACACAAAUACCAUCGGCUACUUCAUGAAUAAAAAUGCUACAAACGAUGGCGUAUACACCAUUUAUACCGGAGAGACCGACAUCCAGUUCCUUGGGGGGAUAGAUCGCUACAAUGGAUCCAGUCACCUGGACUUUUGGAGCACGCCCUAUGCUAACAUGAUCAAUGGAACCGAUGGCACUGUAGGACCUCCAUACAGAGGCAAGAACCAACCUUCCCCUGUGUUCUCAUCAGAUGCGUGCAGGUCAGCUGGGGGCUUGUACCAUGGGGAUGUGACCUCACCCCAGGGGAUAAAACUGUGGCGGUACAUUGCACCUCCUUCCUAUCUAGCCAAUGCUACCGAAAACCCGGACAACAUUGGGUUCUGUACUCCGGAGUCCAAGUGUCUCAACACAGGCAUGCUCAACAUCAGUACAUGUCAGCAAGUGGACUUUUUCCACAUUCCUGUGUCGGUGUCAUUUCCUCACUUUAAUCUGGCUGCCCAGGAAUACCAGGACUCUGUGGAGGGACUACAUCCUGUGGAGGAGGAACACCAAACCACGGUGGACAAAGAACCGUACACUGGUUUGGUGCUACAGGUAGCCAAGAAGAUACAACUGAACAUGUAUCUCCAGCCUAUUGGAGAGUUUGAAGCCACCAAAGAUAUAACUCCUGUGUUUGUUCCACUUUUCUGGGUUAAUGAGAGUGCUGUGGUUGAUGACCAGAAUGCUGACCUGCUGAGAUCAAUGCUGUUUACACCCCUCCUGGUGGUCCAUGUGAUAGAGAUCUCACUUAUCUCCCUUGGCUGUCUCGUCCUGGUAGGAACAGUCAUCUACGGAUUGUGCAUACAGCAAAGUAGAAGAAAGGAAUUGUUUGGUCCAAGGCUGAAGAAAUGCAAUGUCAACUGUUUCCAAGGAAGCCACGACAUGGACGAAAUGGACAAACCACUUUUCACAGAAUGAAUCACAUGAUAUGUCAUGUGACGAUCUGCCAAUCACAUGGUAAAAUGUCAUCUACAUACAGAAGUAACCAAAAUCUGGAUAACCUGUAUAUAAUGCUAUGCAAAAUAAUAUUGAUAUACAUGUAUUGAUUUUCACCCAUGCUUCAGGUUUGAACAUUCCUAGCCCAUAUUAUAUUUUGGAUAAUUUCACAGUGUGAUGUGACAUCAUGCAAUGUUACAUUACACUGUCUUUAUUUACUUUUAAGUAAUGAGAGAAAUAGAAUAUCUAACUGGUGAUGAUUGAUCCUGAUCAUAUCAAUCCUUAUGAAUUAAUUCUCAACUAAAAAGUCAUCACUUGUUCGAUAUUUCUAUAAAUUACUUUAUAAUACUGUAGACAUACAUAUUUUAGCCGUAGUCUUAAUUUAAAUAUUGGGCUUUAGUUAUUACACUGAACUAUGAAUACACCAAUUGCAGUUGUUGUAUAUUUUUCUCUAUUGCAAAUUUUCUUGAUGUGCCAAUUCAAAAAUGUGCUAUUUGUUAAAGUUUGAAAAUGGGAUAAAUUAUUGAGUGCACUAACAUAAGUAUGCUAAGUAAUAGGUUUGAUAUGAUAUAAACAUUGUAUUCAUAAGUGCUUAUUAUCAUUAUCUUUUACUUGUUCAUACAUUAGAUACAAUAACUGCCAAAAGACUGAAUAUUUAGAAGUCAGUCCUAAAGGGUCUCAUCUGGAGUUUUGUCAUAGACUAGACAAACAGAAUAUCAUUGAUAAAGUAUAACAAUAUUAUAAAUAUUUGUCACAUAUAAACCAAAAUCCCAGAUUUCACCAAGCAUGUAGUUAUUAAAACAAAGAUGAUACACCAUUCGAUAAAACACCUCCAAAAUCUGUCAAAAUUAAUCUGAAAGCUGAUUGGAUUACCAAAAGGUCAUCUAGAUUUGACCUCAAAUUUUUUCAUUCUCAAAAUUUCUAUAUUGCAGGAUGUAACUGAAUGUUUCUUAGAUAAGAACAAAAAUGGAACAUUGCAUUGUUAUUGUAUUAGUAUAUACACACCAUUUGUUAACAUCAGAAGGGAAAUGUAUAAUCAUUGUAUGUAUAUAUAUGUGGAGUCGUGAUAUAGGAUGGUAACGGCAGUCCUGCGUGUGUUAGGACUGCCAUUCCACUGAUGCAUGUGUAUCAAUGCAAAUAUUUGGUGAGGCCUGGGUUCCUACUAACCAUAGGUAACACUAGGCCCCCAAGUUCUGUACAUAGCUAAUGAGAUUUCAAAAAUAAUUUGUGUGUGCGCAUGUGAACCUGUUCUGUACCUGUUAGGUGAAAAUACUGUAAAAUGAAAACAUUUGCCUCCAUUUUAUUUUGGCCUGACCUUGACCUUGAGCGCAGCAUCCUGAAAAGUAAACUCAUUGGAAGUAUUGUCAAUCCUAACACUUGUAAUCAGUAUCACAGAAAUGUGGUAGAGUGAUGGAUUCUCAUACUUACAUACACACAAGUGUACAUGCGAUAUGGCAGAACCUUAAAGCAUCUUGCUAAAAAAGUGAUGAAAAAAACUUGAAAUACAAUCUCACAAACUGAACCUAGCAUGCGUUUUACUCUACAGUGAUUUUCAAAUUAAAAACUUUAUUAACAGGCUCAGGAUACAAAUUUGUGAAUUUCAUAGCUGUGAAAACGAUGUACUAUAACAGGUAUUUGACAGUGUUUCCCUGUUCUGUACAUAAAUGUGAGAGUGUUUUGUAAGAAUAUGAAUGUGUACCAAAGAAAUCAGAUGUUAUGUUACUAUUGCUCGCUAUUAAAAUCAAUUUACUUUCUAAUGCAUGAUGUGAUACCUGAAAUUUUAUCAUUCUCAUUUUGUGGGCAUUGUAAGUUCAUAUGUGUGAUACAGUUUCCAAAAUAUGUACUUUUCUGUAAAUAUUAAGCAGGACUGCUGUAACAGUUCUGUAUAGAGUAUAUACGCCAAUGCUCUGGUAUAGAAAUUAAUCAUGGAAAUGAAUAACAUCAAAUUGAAAGGUGGAAACUGAUUCUAGAGAAGAUAACUCCUGUUUUUAAGCCACGCCCACAUUGGCAUGAGCUGCCUUAAAUCUUUUAAAGAAACAGAAAAAGACUUGGCCACAUGCAUUGAGACUGUAGGGAUUUAACUGAAGAUUGCAGGUAACAUUUAGGAUUUACAUUAACCAGAAAUUGAAAUACCAUGGUAUAAUGUUGGUUCCUCGUUUAUAUCUACCUCUGGCAGACGAACAAAACUUCCCCACUUGUAACUUCCAAACAUCCCUAUUUCCAUCCACAUUUUGAUGAAGAAUGAUUUGAAUGGCUGUGUUGACCUUGAAGUUGGGUAACUUCUGAAACAUGGGAAAUAAAUGGUUUAUUUCUUGUAUAUAGCAUAUCUUUAUCAAUUCAUGUUAUUUCAACCUCAACUAUUGACUUGUUUUUUGUAAAUAUUUAUUUUGCCAAAUUCCUUAACCAGUCGCCAUGGUGACAAAUGGGUCACCAAUCAUAAGGUCUGCUAUCAACUUCAGAAAACCUGUCUGGUGCAGAGACGCAGAGCCACAAAAUUCUUUAAUUUUAUAUAAAUGUAGGUUAGGUGACAUGGACUAUUAAUGUUAGUCUGUCAGGGUGUCAGUACUGUCUGGGAACCUGAAGCUCUGUGGAAAAUGAUCUGACAGAAGUGUCUGACCUAUACCCACUGGUGAUGUGUGAAACUAGUGAUGGUUGUGUGAACAUCUAUAAUGCAUUAUAUACCAUUCCCCAUGUGUGGAGUUUGUUAGUACAUUUUGUUAACUGUACCCUUGAAUAUUUACGUCAUCUUUAUUGUGGGCAUCUUUUUUUGUUUAAGAUUUUGAAGGUUUAAGUUUUUGUGUCUACGGAUUGAAUAUGCAGGUUAUUUUAAAUGUUUUUUCUUCUUUUGUAAUUAGUGCUGAAGUACAAUGUUUGUCCUCAGUGUUGUCUGUAUAGAUACAAGCUGUCCUCCGUGUUGUCUAUAUAGAAACAAAAUGUCCUCAGUGUUGUCUACAUAGAUACAAGCUGUCCUCAGUGUUGUCUAUAUAGAAACAAACUGUCCUCAGUCUUGUCUAUAUAUAGAUACAAGCUGUUCUCAGUGUUGUCUAUAUAGAAACAAACUGUCCUCAGUGUUGUCUAUAUAGAUACAAACUGUCCUCAGUGUUGUCUAUAUAGAUACAAACUGUCCUCAGUGUUGUCUGUAUAGAUACAAGCUAUUUCUAUUGUUGUCUUUAUGAAGAUUGUGUGAUUCCAUAUUCAUGUUUUGGAGUGCUCAAAGUUUAAGUUUUGUAAUAAAAAAUUGGAUGAU